CGGCGUUCACGUGACACGCCGCGUCCCUCCGACUUCACGUGACAGAGAAGCAAAACAUGGCGGACGCGGACGCUGCGAAGUGCCUGAGCGGCCUGCUGAGUGGGAUCGCCCAGCGGCUCUAUCACAACAACGCGGACAUCACGGAGGAGCUGCUGCAGCGCGAGCUGUACGGCGAGCUGCCGCGCGAGGAGUUCACGGUGCUGCACGAGAGGAUGAAGGGCCUCCUCAAGUCCAUCGCCGCGGCCGACAUGGACCACGCCCAGCUGGAGGCCUUCCUCACGGCCCAGACCCGGAGGCAGGGCGGCGGGGGGGUGACCGCCGCGCAGGCCGCCGCCCUCUCGCGCUUCUGGAAGAGCCAGCGGGUCCGUGUGAGGGAGAGCCUGCUGGCUCAGAGCCGCUGGGAGCCCGGCCUCAGGGGCCUCUCCUGGAGGGUGGACCUCCAGACCGCGGUCGGCCGGGGGGGCGCGGACCACGGCGGCCCCGUGGGCCUCAUGGAGCUGGAGCUGGGCAGAGCCGGACAGGACUCGGAGUUCGUGUGUCUGGAGUUUGACGAACUCAAAGUCAACCAGCUGCUGAAGAAGAUGGCCGACAUCCAGGAGAGCGUGGACAGAAUCGCCCACCGCACCUGAAACGAGAGGCGGAGUCUGAAACGAGAGGCGGAGUCUGAAACGAGAGGCGGAGUCUGAACGGAUCCAACGCCGCGUCUCCCCACAGACUCAAGAGAGGACCUCAAAGGGACAGCUCGGAUUUAUAAUUAUUUUAUUUUUUAAGUUAACUAACUAACCGGCAGCUCUGGCAGUGGAACAAAGAUGACCUCACUUCCCCGUCCGAAAGAGCCGGAAAAUAUUCUAAUUACAGCGUUCUAAACCCGUCUGGUUCUCCAGACUCCAUCUGAGUAGUAAAACACGGACUAUGGAGAAGAACCUCGGGCCUUCAUACCAUCUGAACUGUGUCUUAUUUUGUUGAUGGACCAGAAGUUCAGUUUUAAGCGCCCGUGAAGGAUGAAGGUUCCUCUCUGAGCGGAGCAGGAAAAACAGCGUGGCCCUUUAAGAGAGAGAAGAUGAGGUCGUUGAAGGUUUUGCACAUGAAGUCGAUUCGAUCUUCACCUUUCACAUCUCAGCGUUAGCACGAUUUAACGUGCUAACGCUAGCAUAUUUAAUUUAAUAUGACUUUAUUCAACACUUGGUACCGAGGAGAACUUGUGCCAACCCAGAAAACUAUUAAAAUGUUAAAUAUAAACCACCGGGCCGAGGCUGCCAACUGGUUCGAUUGUUUUUUUUUAUAAUAUUUUUUUCGUGGUAAUUUACAAAGCUGGUUAUUUAUCGAAAAAUCUGUUUACAAAUUCACGUGAAUAAAAAAAAAAAUAAUUCAAUCAACAAGGCGGCGUGUUUUUUCCAUCGUGCAGACAUAUUCAGACGGAUAAAAGUUUAGACGAUAAAAGUUUAAAAGUUAAACCUGUUGCCAUAACAACUGUCACUCAUUCCUUUCUUACUGCCAGUACAAACCUCGCCUACAAAAUACACAAUGUAGAUCAUAUCUUUUUGAAUAAUAAUAACAAUAAAAUGCUGAAAUCAGCCCAAUAAUCAGUAAAGUUUGAACCAUAAACCCCCUCACACACACACACACACACACACACACACACACCCCCAAAGCCCCAAACAUGUUCAGACAUUAUUGUAAUAUUCAAAAAUGUUCUUUCAUACAGAUUUGUGCCAAAGGUCAGUUUUAUUGUCGCCCAGCCAUAAAUGCAACGAUAAUGUAAUCUCUCUCUCUUCGGUAAACGGGGGUUAAAAGCUUCGGGCUGCAGAGACGUUUGUUUUAAUACGCUUUUGAAUUGAACAAUAUAAAACUAAAUAUCAUUGAAUCGGCCAAAUGAACUGAGCAGAUCAUAAUUAUGUUUUGUUAUGUGUCACAACUAUAUUUCUAUAAUUUUUUUUGUUCAAGUAAAGUGUUCACAGCAGGUUCAAUAUAAUAAAGGACAUGCUGCGUAA